AUGGCAUUCACUGACAUGAAAGGGAUCUAUCUAUCUAUCUAUCUAUCUAUCUAUCUAUCUAUCUAUCUAUGUCAGAGAGGAUACACUGAUUGCUCUCACCUAUCAAGAUUCAUCUACAGAGAGGAUACACUGAUUGCUAUCACCUAUCAAGAUUCAUCUAGUUUCUGUAUUCUUGGAAGGAACCAAUUUUAUGCUCACGCAAUGAAACUGGCACAAUUUUUUCAACUUCUAACUGUUGCCAUUCUUUCAGAUCGACUGACCAGCGCGGAGAAUAUACUUUUCUUGUCCCUGCCUUAUUUUGGGCAUAUCAAUCCAAUGGUUAAAGUAGCUGGAGACUUGGCCAAUUAUGGACACACCAGCUACGUCAUUAUCUCGGAGAAAUUCAAAGGGAAAUUCAGUCAAACUCGGAAUUCCCUUCUUACUUCAGGGAUUGCACAACCAGUUCAAUAUUCACCGAACACCUUGGGCAAUUUCAGUUUUUCCGCAUAUUACUCUCGGCCAGGCGCAGAUAUCAUCUUUUUCGAUGAAAAUCAUGAAUCUAUUAAUUAA